AUCAGGAGGUAAGAUAGACAGAUAGGAUAGUCUCUUCCUGAGUCGUGCUGCGUGCUGAGUGGAGCUGUUCUCUGCUCACAGAGUAUGGACUAAACCCUGAAAACAUUCAAGUUAUUUCUCUGUGGAAAGACUUGUGCAGCAUUAAAGAUGAGCGACCAGGACAGCAGCAGCUCCUCCUCUUCUCAAACAGAGGAAGAGAUGGAGAAAGAGGAGAAGAAGGAGGAGGACGAUGAAAAACACAGAGACAGCGCGGCCCAGAGUCUGUCCAGCUUCUCCUCGUCCCUGCGCGCCGUCAUCCGCAUCAAACAGAAGUACACGGCCCUGAAGAAGAGGCGUCAGGAGAUGGCUCUGAGCCUGGCAGCAGCGGGAGCAUUCACAGGAGCUCCGAGCAGAGCCAGCCCCAAGAUCUUCACCUUCGACGGGGUCUCCCCUUCGGCCUUCUCCUCCCUGUCGUCCUCCGCCUCUCAGAAGAAGAAGAGGAGGAAGAGGAGGCGGGUUAUGUUUCCUAACAGUGGAGGGUGCAGGAGCCCGCCCCGGCCGGAGCGCAGCCGAGCGCAAUACUGCCUGUACCUGCUGUUUGCCAUUGUCUUUGUGCAGGUGUACAACGCCAUAGAGAACCUGGACGACCACGUCCUGCGGUACGACCUGGAGGGGCUGGAGAAGACUCUGAGGCGGGAGGUGUUUGGACAGCAGGGGGCGGUGGAGGGUCUGAUAGCCCACCUGAAGGACUACCUGUCCACCUACGUCCACAACAAGCCCCUGGUGGUGUCGCUGCACGGCCCCAGCGGCGUGGGGAAGAGCCACCUGGGACGCCUGCUGGCCGGACACUUCCGCUCGGUGGUCGGCGAGACCCUGGUGCUGCAGUACUACGUCCUGCACCACUGCCCCCUGGAGGCCGACGCCCCGCAGUGCGCCCGGGACCUCUCCACCGCCAUCUCCGAGAUGGUGGAGCGGGCUGAGUCGGAGGAGAAGAUCCCGCUCUUUAUCUUCGACGAGGCGGAGCACAUGCACGGCGAGAUCCUGGACGCCCUGUGGCAGCUCGUCGCCUCCAAACAGUCCAACGAGUACCUGAACGCCAUCUACCUGUUCCUGAGCAACCUGGGUGACACACACAUUACUAAACACAUGCUGCACAACUCGUCGAGUAAUUCUUUGGCUGCGUCGGACCGCCUGGUGAACGAGCUGACCCCUGUUUUAAGAAACAUUCUGGAGAAGCUGCACCGGCUGUGGACAGAAGCGGACAUCUUCCCUCUGGGCCUGCUGGAGAAAGAUCACGUGAUUCAGUGUUUCCUGGAUGAAAUGAGUCGCGAGGGCUUCUACCCGGAUCAUCCCAACAUCGAGCGCCUGGCGGGGGAGAUUAAAUAUUACCCCGCCGUAGGGGAUCGCGAAUAUUCCCAGACAGGCUGCAAACAGGUGGUGGCAAAGGUCAACCUGCUGUGAACUGUUUGGAUGUUUCACAUUCUUUGAACCCUGGAGAAAAAACAGUGUGAGAGGAGCCAGAGAGUUUCCAUGGUUACCGAACUUGAAUGACAAAAAAAGCGGUUGUGAAAUAAUGUAAAAAAAAAAAAGGAUAGAGAUGAGGAGCAGGCUUGAUGCUGAAGACGUUCGACUGUGUGGUGGUGAGAAAAUCCUGUGAAGAAGUUUGAAAUCGCCCGCAUCACUAACACUCCUUUAACUACACUUUAACAUGCUUUGGGGUCUGCCGGACUAAUGGGAAAGUUUUGUUUACCUGCUUUUGUCGAUUACUUCAGCCUGCAGCAGUUAGCUGUUCUCUUUAAUCAUGUAACCUGUCAGGACAAACGCACGGUCAUCGUAAGUGUUUAGUUUAACACCAACUGGCUCAGAUAUGGAUUCAAACUGUCUGAGAACUUUUUCCUGAAGUUUAAUCUUUUUAAACAAGAAACAGCUGUUAUAGCUACACCGCUAUCUUCACAGCCACCCGACUCCAUUGACCAAAAAAUGUAUUUUUACCAUGCUUAGCUCUUCAUGGUUUGGGUGAACUGACCCUUUAAAUCCUUUGGAAUAACUCACAAUCAUACGUCAUCAAGCAGUUUAACCAGACAUAGGAGGAGAGUGAAACUAAUACUCGUUCAGAUGAUGCAUCAGUUCAAGUAAUGUUGGGAUGUUUGAAGUCUCUCAUCAGAAAAUGUCAAAUGUAAUGCAGCUUUAACGCUAGUGCAAGUCUGCAGGUUCUUUACAUAUUUCCAUUUAAUCUACUGUGUACAUGCAUCUAUUUUAACUUGAGACUAAUUACCCCCCCCUCCCUCCCACUUUUAUUCAAGGCAGGGUUGGUAAUUUUUAAAAAAAUAGCAUGAUUUUGAAAGUAGCAUUCCCUCAGUGCUCCGUCUGCACCCCCUCCCCUCUGUGCUCCCUCUAAAGCCACGCCCCCUCACUUACAUGCAUGAGCGGCGCAGCUCCAGAAGCGGACCUCAGCUCAUCGCUUGCAUCGUGUAGAGAACGAGCAGGGAGACAGGGAGGCGCCUGAUUGGUUCAUCAAAUUGGUACCUUGACCCUACCACUGGUUGAAGGUUUUACAGGCUUACAACUUCUACAGAUGACUUGAGACUAUUUCAACCAAAAUCUUUAAAAAAAAGUCUAUCUGGAGAAAAUGACCAACCCUGCCUUUAAGGUUUAUUUAUUAUUGCAUGGAAGUGCUACAUGUUCACAUCCAUGAUCUGUAAGUUACACGUCAUGUUAGACUUGCACUAGCAUGAAGACCUGAUGAGUUUUAAUGGAGUCAUGAAUAUUUCCAUGUCCUGUAUUAAGUUUGUAUUUUUGUAUAUAAACUUUUACAUGAAAUUAAAGAAACAGUUUUGAAAAA